AUGGUAAACUUCACGGACGAUGCGAUUGCGUACAUGCGUGAGCACAACGUGGCGUUCAUCAUGGAGCACAUUCUGCGCAACAUCCUCCGCGAUCUCCCACCGGACCCCGCGGCGUACAUCCACGACUUGAUGGAGCGGCCGAUCCCCCCGCAAAUUCUCCUCGCGGGUCCCCCCGGCAGCGGCCGGCGGUCGCAGUGCCGCGCCCUCGCCGAGCACUUCGGGGUCGUCCACGUCUCCUCCGGGGAGCUGCUGCGGGCGGAGGUGGAGGCGGGCUCCGAGGCGGGCAUCUUGGCCGAGUCGUUCCUCCGCGCCGGCACGCUGGUCCCCAACGCCCUCAUCACCGGGAUGAUUCGCCGGCGACUGGAGGAAAAGGACGCCAAAACACGCGGUUGGAUCUUGGACGGAUUUCCACGAUCGCAGGAACAGGCAGAGGCGAUGGAGGCAGAGGGCAUCGCCCCACAUGUCUGUAUCAUGCUAGAUUUACCAGAUGAUAUCGCCUAUGAGCGUAUCGAGCACAGACGCACAGAUCCCGCCACUGGACUCACUUAUCAUCUACUUUACAAUCCACCACCAAAGGAUGACGUGGCGCUCUGUGAGAGACUCACACAGGAUGAGAAUGACCGGCGAGAGGUGGUGCAGCGGCGACUCAAGGUAUACCGAAACACCGCAGAAGGAUUACUGCGUCACUAUGGGGCGAUACUCGAACGCGUGGACGCCUCACAUGAUAUUGACGAUGUCACAAAGGACGUAAUCGCAGCUGUGCAAAAACACUUGUUGCAGUAG